ACAAGAAGUGAGGUAUCUGAUUUGCGGACAGAAGUUCUCCUCAUGGACCUUCUAAAAUCGCAUCGAGGAGUUGUGCAAGUGCACGAAGUAUUUGAGGACGAGAAGGCCGUCCAUCUCGUCAUGGAACUAUGCAACGGCGGCGAUCUCUUUGACUUCAUACAAAGCGCCCCCAAUCGCCGUCUCAAUGAGCGGCACGCGGCAUCCGUGAUGAGACAGCUGCUGGAAGCCCUCCACCACUGCCACUCCCUCGGUGUGCUUCACCGCGACGUGAAGCCCGAAAAUAUCCUCCUGUGCGACCGGAUUUCUCAACAAUCAGGCAACGGGGAGGUGGAGAUCAAGCUCAGUGAUUUUGGAGUGGCUGGUUUUCUCGAUGAUGACGGUGUAUGCACGGACACCACAGGCACAUCAGAGUACAUGGCACCAGAGGUGGCCAUGAAAGCACCCUACAACGCCAAGGCGGACAUCUGGAGCGCGGGCGUCGUGCUGCACGCCAUGCUAGCUGGCGCCCUCCCCUCCUGGGCGGCACUACCAGAUCUGUUCAACGAGCAAGCUGGAAGCACGGGUGGCAGUAGCAGGAGGGGGAAGGGGAAACAGCAGGAGGGGAAGUCGAUGCAGGAGGGUAUUGCAAGGGAUGAGCUGACUCUGAAGAGCCGGGUAUGGAGGGGUGUGUCUGGGGAGGCUAAGGAUCUGCUGAGAGCCUUGCUGAGGAAGGACCCGGAAGAGAGGCCCUCGGCUCUGGAGGCAUUGGGUCAUCCAUGGUUAACCAGCACGACAUGGUGCCAAAAGUUGGAGAGUAAUGAAGCAGUUAACUGA